AACUUAAUGAUGAAAGUUAUUUGGAAUGGCCUCAGUCUGUUGAACUAGCCCUAGGAUGGAAGAAGAAAGAUUGAUUUUUUGACAGGAGAAGAGCCAAAGCCUACAAUCAACUGUCCCCACGUUCUGGAGUUCGUGUUCCAUAAAUUCUCUAAUCACGGGAUGCUAAUUUCCAUGAAAAUCCGUCGUUCUUUCAUGUACAUGGAUCCAGAAGAAAUUUGAGUUAAUGAUGGGCCACUGGCCUUUACCUUCCAUCCGGGUUGUAUUCUCUGAACUACGUGAGAAGGAAGCCUGGAAACAUGUUAUGAUUGAAUGUGUUCACUUGACGGAAAAUGGAGACAACAUGGCGCUGGCCUCUAAAGGCUUUGGUGAUCAAAGUGACAAGAAAAAAAAUCAUUUUCUUGUGAUUUUGGGGGCAAGUCAUGGCAUACCAAAGAUAAAUGUUGGAAGCUCCAUGGAAAGUCGACUCAAAAAGGGUGGGAAAACUACUGUAGUCGGGGCCAAGACUUUUCAAGAGCAUACCACAUCUCUAGACGCAGUGUUUUCACCAAUAAACAACUCCACCUUUUAUAUAAGCUUUUGAACUCUUCAUAGUUUUUUUUAACCUGUUCUUCUUGUGCUUUAGGAAAAGUAAGGUAUCUCUUCUUCAUUUGUGUGUUCAAAUCAAUCUUGUGUUCUGUGGGUCAUAGAUUGGGCUAUGGAUCACAUGACAUAUUGCUCUCAAUCUGUGAAACUUUCAACCAAAAUUGUCGUUUUGAUAUUGGUAUGACAAGUUGUAAACCAGCUCACAGGUGGGUGAAUUUUUAUAUUGCAAGGAAAAACACCCUUAUCUCCUAUCAGAAAGAUUCCCAAUUCUCUCUUUGGUGCUUUGACUCUUGCAUAAAGUUCUUAAAUUCAAAAAUCGAGGAGAGGUAUUUACUAAUGAAUUAGAACGAAUAGGAGACAUGUUAGUAUGCCAUCCACUGGACACCUUUCCUAGUGAGGGAAGUCCUCUAUUUUUAGGUCGACUGACAUGCCUGUAGAUCUCGAUUAAACAAACUUAGCGACACUGAAGGUGAUCUAGUUGAUGUUGGGAGAUAUCAAUGUUCGGAUGAGAAUUUUAUCUAUUUGUCUUACACAAGACUAGAUAUUGCUUUUGUUCCCAUUUGAUCAGCCAAUUUUCAUGCACUCUUUUAAGAAGGUCUAUUUAGAAGCAGAUUACCGCAUUUAUAAGAGAUCUCAAGGGAUCCAGAGGGGGGCUAUUCUUUGAGAAGAAGCCUCAAAGAUUAUUGAAGUAUUUACUGAUGCAGAUUGGGCAGACUCAAUCACUAAUAGAAGAUCUGUUAUUUGAUACAAAUCAUUUGUAUGCGGAAAAUUUAGUGAAAUGACGAAGUAAAAAAGCAAAAUGUGGUGUCUCCACAACCCUGAGACCAAGUUACGUGUUGUGUACUAUGGUCAAUGGAAUAUGUGGAGCAAUUUGGCUCAAAUGAGUACCGUAGGAGCUACAACUACCAUUGGAUGUCCUAUGAAGCUGUAUUGUGACAACACAAGGCUGCCAUUAGCGUUGUUUAUAAUCGCAUACAACAUGACAUGAUUAAACAUGUGGAAAUCGACCAAACUUUAUCAAAGAAACGCUAGAAAAUGGAAUGAUAUGCAUGCCGUAUGUUCCACCACGCAACAAGUAGUUGAUAUUCUUACAAAAGGAUUGUUCAAGCCAAGCUUUUUUAAGUAUAUUAUAUUUAUAUACAACAAACUCACACACACUCUUCAUCCAUAGUGAGGUUUGAACCCUUGACCUCCUGGGAGGUGGGGCUCUACCGGUAACCCGCCUGCCGCUGCGCCAAUGACCCUCUGGUUCUAAGCCAAGCUUUGACGGAAUCAUAAGUGAGUUGGGCCUUGUAAAUAUUUAUGCCCCAAUUUGGAGGGGGAGUGUUGGCUUAGAUAAUAUAGCUAUGAGUUAGAAUAUUAUAGCUGUAAAUUAGGUAGAUUAUUUUCGUAUGUUUUAGAGAUUAGUUGCCUAUCAUUAAGCAAACAAAUUAUGUAUACAAACUCUACCUUGUAGAUUUUUAAUCAAGAGAGAAAAUACUGUGAUUCUCAAAAUUCAGGGAAUCAUUUGUGGACUUUUGGGUCAACAGAAACAUGCUGACAAAAGACACAGCAACCCAGAUAUAUACGUUACUAAAGCAGCCUGAUUUGAGAUAUCUAACUCAGGAGGACUUCAAACCCAUACUUCGUGAACUUUUGGCAACUCAUCCAGGGUUGGAGUUCUUACAGAGCACCCCCGAGUUUCAAGAGAGAUAUGCUGAAACGGUAAUAUACAGAAUAUUUUACUACGUGAAUAGAACGGGUAAUGGUCGUCUUACCCUCAGGGAGCUGAAACGUGGAAAUCUAAUUGAUGCAAUGCUGCAUGCGGACGAAGAAGAAGACAUAAACAAAGUUUUGAGGUAUUUCUCGUAUGAACACUUCUAUGUAAUAUAUUGCAAGUUCUGGGAGCUGGACACGGAUCAUGAUUUCUUGAUUGAUAAAGAGAACCUUAUAAGAUACGGUAACCACGCACUGACGUACAGGAUUGUUGACAGAAUAUUCUCCCAGGUUCCAAGAAAGUUCACGAGUGAAGUUGAGGGGAAAAUGGGAUACGAAGAUUUCGUUUACUUCAUAUUGUCUGAAGAGGAUAAAUCAUCUGAGCCUAGUCUCGAGUACUGGUUUAAGUGCAUAGAUUUGGAUGGAAAUGGGGUGCUGACAAGGAAUGAAUUGCAAUUUUUCUAUGAAGAGCAGUUGCAUAGGAUGGAAUGUAUGGCCCAAGAGCCUGUUCUCUUUGAGGACAUUUUAUGCCAGAUCGUUGACAUGAUUAAACCACAGGAUGAGGCCUAUUUUACUUUACGUGACUUGAAAGGAAGCAAACUCUCCGGCAGUGCUUUCAAUAUCCUCUUUAACCUUAAUAAGUUCAUGGCCUUUGAAUCUCGUGAUCCCUUCCUCAUUCGUCAGGAGCGUGAGAAUCCAACGUUGACUGAAUGGGACCGAUUUGCACAUCGGGAAUAUAUUAGGCUUUCAAUGGAGGAAGACGCGGAUGAUGCCUCUAAUGGUAGUGCAGAUGUAUGGGAUGAGUCUCUUGAGGCCCCCUUCUGAUUUCAACUUCAAUUUGAAGAAAGAAACUACUCAUCGAGGUGAAGUAGAAUUUGAAGAAGAUAUAUUUAAGUUAAAGAAGAAGGGUGUAAAGUUUUUAGAUUGUACCUGAAAUGAGGUAAGUAAAGGGGGUGGGUUCUCUCUCAAGUUACAUGCUUCGACUCAAAUACACUACUUUUUGAGUAUUUUUGCGUUCUGAUU